GCUCUCCACCUAGCCGGACCACUGCAGACAAGCGAGGCACUUUUUCCCGGGGACUAGCUGGGAAAAUCCCGGGUUAGCCUCGAGUGGCUGGCCAUUGCACGGGCCCCCUAAGGCACAGAAGGACGGCGAAAGAGAGCUGAAGCUGACCUGAGCCCUCCCAACGUAGGGGAGAGCGCGCCCGGGCGAGGUUUGGGAAGAAGGGAGGAGUGUAGCGAAGCUCACGGCCAGCGGUGGAUUAUCCGGGCCAGUCUGCGUCUGCCGACCGCGAAAUGCGCGAGGAGGACAAGGGCAUGCUCCGUGGUGGCAGCGACGGCGCGGGCCUGGCCAACGCCUCCGCGCGGGGGCAAGUAGACACUGUGCAGCAGCUCCUGGAAGCCGGUGCGGAUCCCAACGGAGUCAAUCGCUUCGGGAGGCGCCCGAUCCAGGUCAUGAUGAUGGGCAGCGCCCGCGUGGCCGAGCUGCUGCUCCUCCACGGCGCGGACCCCAACUGCGCCGAUCCCGCCACCCUCACCCGACCUGUGCACGACGCCGCCCGGGAGGGCUUCCUGGACACGCUGGUGGUGCUGCACCGGGCCGGGGCGAGGCUGGAUGUGCGCGAUGCCUGGGGCCGCCUGCCCGUGGACCUGGCUGAGGAGCGGGGCCACCGCCACGUCGCCCGGUACCUGCGUGCGGCGGCGGGAGAUUGACGGCGGGUCCACGCAGCCGCCCCCCAGGACCUAUCUUUUCUUCCCUGUGCCCCACCCCCCAGCUUAGUUCAAGGAAGGCUACAACUGUGGAGCGGCGGAAAGCCUGAAAACCUUCCAGGAGACUUGACUCACCGUGGGGGAGAAGCAGACCGUGAAUAAUUUUUUUUUUUUUCUUUUUCUCUGGAUCCGGUCCGCACACUCACCGUGAAGCCCAACGCAGAGAUCGUGCAAGCGGACUUCUGAGAGAUUUAGGAGCAGAACGUGAAGCUCCCGGGUGUUGUUCACUUUUCAGAGUUUUCUGGCAAAGAGUGGCCUGUAAAGUCUCCAGUGAUCCUGGGUGCCUGCGAAGCUUCACCUGAAAGACGCUGGUGGCAGAGUGGCAGGCGGCGGUCACUGGCAUUUGAGUGGGAGGCGGAUGAUCCGCUCGCCCCACUGACCUUACAGGAGCGCCCCGGAACCCCUUACUGUAAGGCGUGGGGCACACGGAUGACCCGGAAGGCUGAGGAGACAAGGAAGACGACUGUGAGGACCGCAGACCUGGGCGUCACGAGGUGCCCGAGGCCUUCCACGCUGCGUUGCGCCGCAAACAAGUCACCGGGCGAAGUGCUGCUCCCCGGAAGCCCCGCAGCCGCGCGCCGGAUACUGACGGGAACGGAGGGCGCGAGAGCCGCCGUGAGUUUUCCCACAGGUUCUAAAAUCCCAGAGCCAUGAGGAUUCAGAACAACUCCCGGGAAAGGACUGGGGCUUGCCGUCUGUUGUUCGGUGGAGUGGAGACCCUUCGCCGGUCCCAGAAGUCAGCGCGGGCUGAAGUGAUGGACUGCCGGGAGCGCAACCGCCCCCGUUAAGUAACCCUUUGCUUCGUCUACGUACCCUGGGAUGAAGAACCCUCCCCCCGGAAGUCGAAAAGAUUUCGAGAUAGUUUGAACUUUCGAGUUGUUCUUCAGGGACACUCUUAACUUACGCGGGAGGCUUUAAAUAAGAAAGUAACUCUCGUGCUCCUUGGUAAAGAACUGAGGAAGAACUGCAGCUUUUAAACGAAGCUCUGGCACAGUGCCAAGGCCUAGACCCAUAUAUCCUUAACCUAUUUAUUUCUUUAAGUUUUCUGACCGUUUCCUUUACUAGAGUGUCUCAGGGGGUCAAACUAUGAAAUAUUCCAAACGUCUUUUAGAAAACCGAUGCACCCACCCAGUAAAUUAUCUCGGGGUAUUUCCCAAAGGGUUGCUGAAAGAGUAUAUUGUGUAGCAAACUGUUGAAAAUUUGUGAUGGCUCACGGAAUGUCUUAAUAUCUGCUGAACAAACUAGAGGUGCACUGCUUUGGGGAUUUAAUUUCCAGUGUUGCUUGAUUCAUUAUAGCAUUGGAACAACUUAUACUUCAAAGCUUUAAUAAAGGAAAAAACCCAAUACAUUGGA